UUUUUCAUUAUUGUGUUGCAGAAGUGUUGGAGUAUUGUGAAUUAGUGGGGAUUGAGGCAAGGAAGGAGCCACACCUGCUGCCUCUAGCCAGAGCUGCUCUCCUCCAUCCCCUCCCUCCACCCUGGAUGCCAGUUCAGGACAACAAUCUGGGAUUAUACUUCUUCAACCAGGUGACCGGGGAGAGCAGAUGGACCCAUCCUGUUGAUACUGUGGUCCGUGCCCUCGUUGUCAGCGACAGAAUCACCACUGGCUCCCAAGAUUCCUUUACGGAAGACUUUAGCACUGAAGAGGACCUCGUUAUAUCUGACUUGCUGAGGGCUCAAGUGAGUGACCUCACACACUCCGACUCUGAUGUAAACAAUCUUUCUAAUUACAUAGCAACGGCAUUAAUUCUUGCAGAGAAAUGCACAAAAGCUACUGAAAGGCUAAAGAAAAAUCCUCCUAAUAUCUGCAUCACAUCAGUUCUUAGUGAUUUGGAAUUUGAGGAGCCAGCAAAGAAGUGUGAAAACAUUACAUGCAGUAAUAAUAGUACAAACUGUGACAGAAAUGUUAGUGAUGAUAACAAGAAAAAAAUAAAUUUUGCUGGGCAUUCAGACACAGAUGUAACCUGCAGUGAUGACAUUAACAAGACAAAUGUCAACAGUGAUGCAACUAAAACGAAAUUAGACAUUUGUGAUAUUGUAAAGGUAAAUAAUGUUAAUGUGAAUAGUGCCUCAAAAGACAUAGAGGAAAAUCCAAAGAAAACAAACAGUACUCAGCAAAAAGGGGGCCUGACUGUCAGAGAUUCUCCAAACUUGGAGAAACUUCCUGUUGGCUACAUUGAAUGUACUCAGAACUCUACCAUGUCUGGAGGUGGUCUUGGAAGAGGCCUCGGACAAUUACCUUUACCUCCUCAACCAUUAGGGGCUCCUUCAUCACUGGCUGGACCCCUUCCUCUAAGCAGACCGACCUUGAGUAGGCCAUCGCCUGGAGGACCUCUGGUGCCUCCAGUAGGUGGUCUUCUAACACCUUUAGCACCGAUUGCUGCAGCUAGCAGAGUCGGCCCCACCCAGCUGGCGCCGCUGAAACCCCUCAGUGCCACCAGUCAUUCACUCCCACCAAACAGGGAAGGUGUGGGUAACCCUCUCUUGAGAAGACAGCUUGCACACAAGGAACAACAAGCCCAGAGCGAUGGCCUGCAAGGACAUCGCACUCAGAGUGGAGAGAGAGCAACAAACACUAAAACACAGGCACAGAGUGCGAGGCAUCAACAAGACAAAGAUGUCAUAGAUGGAUUGGGGUCACCACCAAAAUCUAUCUUGAAGGAUCCAGUGUUGGCACGUGGUGGAAUGGACAGAGCGAUAUUGGAGCAAGAAGGUGUGGAUAGAUUGCUCCUAAUGCAGUCAAAUGAAACAAAAAAUCUACGUUUUGACUUCAAGACAGAUGAUCUACAGUUUCACUCCUCUGAGGAAGAGUGUGACAAGGAAGAGAUGGAGGAAGAGGAAGAAGAGGAAGAAGAGGAGGAGGUGGAAGAGGAGGAAAUAUAUGAAUAUGAGGAUGAAGAGGAGGAAGAGUUUGACAGCGAGGCUGAAGACCCUGAAGAAGAAGCAAUCCUAAGAGCGCAUGGUGUUAUUGAUGAUGACAGUGAAGGGCGUGACUUCAUGCUCAAUGAUGCCACUGACCUGUUACCCGUACAGUCUAAACCUCAUCCACAGAAACUGAAUAUUCUUCCUCAUGGUCCUGAUCCAUGGGCUGAUAACAAUUCUGUCAAACCCACUUUAAAAGUUAUGAGUGACAGUCACAAUCCUCUUCAGCAUUUCAGAAAACAGAAAGGUGAGAAUAAACUGGGUGUGGCUGAAAGACAAUUACUUGAUAAUAUUAAUCAGAAGACCACACCACAACAAAAUAAAACAGAACAGCAAAAGAAGCAAGUGCCUGGAAAAGAUUCCCUAGGAAAACCCAAAUCAGCUGGAACUGAGGCGUGUAACAGUAGUAUAUCAAGUGUCCAAGACUCUCGGACUGGAAAGCCUAAAGUGCCAAAUGUUCCCAGUAAUUUGACUCAGCCCACAACAAUUUCAGGUAAGACAAUGUCAGAUAAAACAAAUGAUGCACAGAAUUCUCCUGCAGUUAAAAAAAGCGACGAUGUAAAGAAGACUGAAGCUAAACCACAGGAAGAUCGGAAAUUGGAACUGGAAGGAGCUCCCAGAAACAGGAAGACUAAUCCUCUUGAUCGAGUUGUAGCGAAGUUGAGUGGGAGAACAGAAAACAAGGAAGAGGAGGUGAGCUCAACGACUGUUGCAGCAGCAGCAGUGCCAGCUACUGUCAAGAAUCUUACAGUUAAUUUAAAUAAGUUGAUGAAUAAUGAAGAUGAGAGUGAGGAAGAGAAGAGUGGAGGUGUUCAGCUCUCUGGUUCUGUGGCUGUGACAAGCCAGGAUGACAUUCAUCAAAUAAACCUGGCUGCAGCUAAACACCUAGAAGCUGAGAAGAAAAAACUACAGGACAAGUUUGAAGCUGACAUAAAAGCUCUUCAGCAGAAGUUGAAUAAAGAGUAUCGGGACACAGAGGAAAAAAUGAUGAAAGAACACAAAGCUCACAUUGAAAAAUUUCAAGAACAAGAGAAGAAAAAAUUGGAACAGAAAAGAAAAGAAAUUAAUUCUAAACUUAUACAAGAAAAUAAUAAAGAUAUUGAAGGUAUAAAAAUUCGUACAGAAAAGGAAAGUAAUGAGAGAAAAAAUAAAUUAAUUAAAGAAAUAGAAGAGAGAAAUAAUGAAGAGAUAGAAAAGAUUAAGUUGGAGUUUGCACAAGACAUGCAGCAGAAGAAGGAGAAGAUGCAGAGAGAACACGAGGAGGAAAUGCAUGACUUGGAGAAAGAGUUGCAAGUGCUUUAUACCAAGGAACAGAAUGCUAAACAGGAAGAAGUGGAUGCUGCAAGAGCUUCUGCUGCUACCAGGAGCAGCAAUAACACAGCAGCAGCAGCAGCAGCAGCAGCAGCAGCAACAGCAGAGCUAGAGAAGAGUUUGAACGAACUGUUACGAGAAAGACAAGCAGAAAUUAAGAGGGAGCAUAACAAACAGUUGGCUAUUUUGAGAGAUGAAUUAGAUAAGAUACUUGAGAAGACAGCAAGAGAGGCUAAAGAAAAGGAAACACUGGAAAAGAAGAUCCAUGCUGAUUCACUUGCUAAAAUGAAAGAAAGUUAUGAAAUAGAGGUGAGGCAGCUUGAAGAAAUACACUGUGAGAACAUUAACAAGCUGGAGGUACAGCAUGAAGAAGACUUGUCCAAACUCAAAUCCGACUUUAAGGCUGAAUUAACAAUACAAAAGACAGAACUUGAGAACAAAUUGACCGAGUUUAAAAUUGAAUAUGAUCAAAGAAUGAAUAGUUUAGGACAAGAUGAACUGGAUGAAGGAGAUAAUGAUAAUGAUGAUGAUAAUGAUGAUAAUGACAAACAUGGAGAAGGAAUGGAAUCAAAUAGAAAAAAUAGUACACAUGAAGAAACAUUUAUCCCAGAUGUAAAUGUGAGAAGAGAAAAUGGGAAGUUAAAUGAAGAAGUGAAAAAAUAUGACCAUAUAUUGAGAGAACUACGAGAGAGGCGGAGGAGUCUCGAGGAAGACCUUGAAGCACUAAAAACCAGGAAAAGAAAGUCAAGGAAUUACAAACUCACAAGUUGACCUCAGAUGCCUCUUCCUGCUGCAGCAGAAAUAUGUGCAUUCAUCAAUCUAAGUACAAUAAAAUGAAGGAAAAAUACUCCAAUCUUGUUACUCGCAUUAAAAUGGAAAAGUCCAAAAAGUGGAGUAAAAAAUUAGCAACAACACAUGAA